GGCGCACGCACGGAGCUCCUCUCUCCGUCCACACUUUGUUUCGGUUUGGCUCCGGUGUCGUCCACCACGCAGCCGCGGGCUACCUGCGCACACCGCGACCGGGAGGCGCUAAACUCCGCCCGUCACACCGGAAUCCCGCACCGUGCGUUCCGACGCUCCGCAAGAACAACGCACGGGAGGAAGACGAGAAGCCGCAACUUGGCUCGUACCAGUCCAGGUCUGAGCCCAACUCGGACCGGCAGAACUUUGUGGUCAUAGAGGGAGGGAAUAACUGGGAGGUGUUGUGGAUUUUCGGCCCCCGCGCGUCCUGAGUGGAAGAAUGGCGCUGCACCCCGCGUCUCCGCCGAGGAGCUCCUGGCUGCUGGCGGCUCUGAUCCUGCUCACAGCCCGAGGCAUCAGAGCUCAGAAAGUGCGAGUGGAAGAGGAGCUGGAGGCGUUUCCGACCGAGUCUGUUGAUCUGCGUUGUGAGUUCAUCGAUGGAGGAGGACGAACCAAACUCACGCAGGUGUCUUGGAUAUGGGAAGGUGCUGAUGGCAAAAGGGACAACAUUGCUGUUUUCCAUCCUAUGUAUGGAAAAAGUUUCCCCAACCCUGCCUUCCAAGACCGGGUUUCCUUCCUGCACAACACACUGGAGUACCCGUCCAUUAGGAUUUCUAACCUAAGAAUGUCCGACGCCGGCCGCUAUACCUGCGAGUACGCCACCUACCCCUCUGGAAAUGAACAAGGGACCACCACCCUCAUCAUGCUUGGUGAGUAAAAUGGUGUUGUCUAU